GGUUGGCUCUGCUCUGCUUUCCAGAAGGGAGGAAGGUGGUUUGCCAUCCCCUUGCCAGAAGGAGAUGCUCUGUGCGGGUUGCUUCUUGAGAAGGACUCACCACACCGUCCGUGGCAGGGAUCAUGUCUUCCUCGGACGAAGAGACCCUCAGCGAGAGGUCCUACCGGAGCGAGCCGUCUUGCAAGAGCGAGCGGUCCUACCGGAGCGAGCGGUCCGGCAGCCUCUCCCCUUGCCCGCCAGGAGACACCCUCCCCUGGAACUUACCUCUUCAUGAACAGAAAAAGAGGAAGAGCCAAGACUCCGUGCUGGAUCCGGCGGAGAGAGCGGUUGUCCGGGUAGCGGAUGAGCGGGAUCGAGUCCAGAAGAAAACAUUCACGAAAUGGGUGAACAAGCACCUGAUGAAGGUGCGCAAGCACAUCAACGACCUCUACGAAGACCUGCGGGAUGGCCACAACCUCAUCUCUCUGCUGGAGGUCCUCUCGGGAGUCAAACUGCCCCGAGAGAAAGGUCGGAUGCGCUUCCACCGGCUACAGAAUGUGCAGAUUGCUCUGGACUUCCUGAAGCAGCGACAGGUGAAGCUGGUGAACAUUCGCAACGAUGACAUAACAGAUGGGAACCCCAAGCUGACUUUGGGGCUGAUCUGGACCAUUAUCCUGCAUUUCCAGAUCUCCGAUAUCUACAUCAGCGGAGAGUCCGGUGACAUGUCCGCCAAGGAAAAGCUUCUCCUCUGGACGCAGAAAGUGACCGCCGGCUACGUGGGGGUGAAGUGCACCAAUUUCUCCUCCUGCUGGAGUGACGGAAAGAUGUUCAACGCUAUUAUCCACCGAUACCGACCGGAUCUAGUGGACAUGGAGAGAGUUCAGAUUCAGAGCAGCCGAGAGAAUCUGGAGCAGGCCUUCGAGAUUGCCGAGCGGCUCGGGGUCACCCGAUUGUUGGAUGCAGAAGAUGUUGAUGUGCCCUCCCCGGACGAAAAGUCUGUGAUAACUUAUGUGUCUUCAAUUUACGACGCCUUUCCAAAAGUCCCCGAGGGAGGAGAAGGGAUCAGUGCCACCGAGGUGGACACAAGGUGGCUAGAAUACCAGAACAACAUAGAAACACUCAUCUCAUGGAUCAAGCAACACACAUUAAUGAUGUCCGACAAAUCUUUCCCCCAGAAUCCUGUAGAACUCAAGGCACUUUAUAACCAAUAUAUCCACUUCAAAGAAACAGAGAUCCCAGCGAAACAGCAGGAGAAAAGAAACAUCGAAGAGUUGUACAAACUGCUGGAGGCCUGGAUUGAGUUUGGUCGCAUUAAGCUGCCACAGGGCUAUCAUCCUAACGAUGUGGAAGAGGAGUGGGGCAAGCUCAUCAUUGACAUGCUGGAGCGGGAGAAGUUGCUGCGGCCGGCGGUGGAAAGGCUGGAGUUGCUGCUGCAGAUUGCCAACAAAAUUCAGAACGGGACGCUCAGCUGCGAGGAGAAGCUCACCUUGGCAAGGAACACGUUGCAGGCGGAUGAAGCCCACCUGGGGUCAGGUCAGCCGGUGCAGUACGAGUCGGACGUUGUCAUGUACCUCCAGGAGUGCGAAGGGCUUCUCCGCCAAUUGCAGGUGGAUGUUCAGAUCCUACGGGACGAGAAUUACUACCAGCUGGAAGAGUUGGUCUUCAAGAUCGUCCGCCUUCAGGAUGAGCUUGUGACCCUGAGGCUUGAGUGCACCAACCUUUACCGGAAGGGGCACUUUUCCUCUCCAUCCUCGUUGGAUUUGGUCCAGCCUUCCUCCCUCAGCACCCGGCACCUUAAGGCCGACCCCUUACUGAAGGGGAUGCACACCACCGCUGCUGCCUCUACCUCCUGGUUCCGGAAGCCGAUGACCCGCGCAGAACUGGUGGCCGUCUCGUCCUCAGAAGAUGAAGGCAACCUCCGCUUCGUGUACGAGCUGCUCUCUUGGGUGGAGGAGAUGCAGAUGAAGCUGGAGCGAGCCGAGUGGGGGAGUGACUUGCCAAGUGUCGAAUCUCAGCUGGAGGUCCAGCGUCACAUCCAGAGUGGCGUAGAAGACAUUGGGUCCAGUGUGAAGGAGGCCCGAAUGUAUGAGAAUAAAAUGUCUCAGAAUUUCCGCACAAGUUACAUUGAGACGCUGGGUAAGCUGGAAGUCCAGUAUGGCAAGCUGAUGGAAACCUCCAGUUUCCGACUGCGUCACCUCCAAAGCUUGUACGAGUUUGUCUCCCGAGCAACAGCAGAGUUAAUUUGGUUAAAUGAGAAAGAAGAGGAGGAAUUGGCGUACGACUGGAGCGACAACAACCCCAACAUGGCUGCCAAGAGGAAUUAUUUUUUGGAGCUGACGGCUGAACUGGAAGAGAAACAGGACGUGUUCCAUUCCUUACAAGACACGGCCGAGAUGCUGUCGUUGGAGAACCACCCAGCCAAGCAAACAGUGGAGGCGUACAGCGCAGCCGUGCAAACCCAGUGGCAGUGGAUCAAGCAGCUGUGCCUUUGUGUGGAUCAGCACGUGGAGGAGAACACGGCUUACUUCCAGUUCUUCAGUGACGCUCGAGAGUCGGAGACCUACCUGAAGAACCUCCAAGACACCAUCAGGAGGAAGUAUUCGUGUGACCGCAACACCAGCCUGACCCGUCUGGAGGACCUGCUCCAGGAUUCCAUGGAUGAAAAGGAGCAGUUGAUCCGGUCCAAGAGUUCGGUGGCCAGCUUAGUGGGUAGGUCCAAAAGCAUCAUCCAGCUGAAGCCACGAAACCCUGACCACGCUUUGAAGAACUCCAUCUCCGUGCGGGCCAUCUGUGACUAUCGCCAAAUUGAGAUCACCAUCUGCCGGAACGAUGAAUGUGUGUUGGAAGACAACUCUCAGAGGACCAAGUGGAAGGUGAUCAGCCCCACUGGGAACGAGGCCAUGGUUCCCUCUGUUUGCUUCUUGGUGCCCCCUCCCAACAAAGAAGCCAUGGAUGUGGCCAGCAGGGUGGAGCAGCUGUACCAGAAGGUCAUGGCGCUGUGGCAUCAGCUCCACGUAAACAUGAAGAGUCUGGUCUCCUGGAACUACUUGAGGAAGGACAUCUCUCUGGUGCAAAGCUGGACUAUAGAGAAGCUGAGGGCCUUGCCCCCGGGGGAGUGCCACCAAUCCAUGAGGAACCUGGAGGUGCAUCAUCAGGACUUCUUGGAGGACAGCCAGGAUUCGGAGGUCUUCUCCGUUGCCGACCGGCUGCGCCUGGAGGAGGAAGUCGACUCCUGCAAGGAGCAUUUCCAGCAGCUUAUGCAGUCAGUGGAAAAUGAGGACAAAGAUGAGACCGCUUCCCGCACUUACCUGUCCGAGCUGAAGAACAUCCGCCUUCACCUGGAGGAGUGCGAGCAGCGUUUGGUGGGCACCAUCCGGACACCGAGCAGCACGAGGACCGACGGGGACGCCUUGCAGGAGAACACUUUCCGGAUUGCUGAGCAGGAGCGGCUGAAGGAGGAUUUGCAUCGCCUGAAGGCUGACAUGGAACAACUUUCGGAGAGAUGCAAUAUUUUCCUGCACAAGUCCCCGACAGGCUCCAGCACCCCACACCUUCGUUCUGAGCUCAACCUGCUGGUGGAAAAGAUGGACCACGUCUACGGGCUGUCCUCCGUCUACUUGGACAAGCUGAAGACGGUGGAUGUAAUUAUUCGGAAUACUCAAGGGGCCGAGUCUUUGGUCAAGGGAUAUGAGGUGAAACUGAGCCAGGAGGAGGCUGUGCCGGCUGACCUCGCCGCCAUUCGGUCUCACCGGGCCACGUUGCAGCAAUGGGUCAGUGAAGUGAGUGAGAAGAAGACGGUCUUUUCCACGUUGGAAGAGGAUUUGGCAAAGGCCAAGGUGGUGGCCGACCAGCUGUACCAUCUGAAGCAGGAGCACAGUCCGGACCUGGAGCGCUACCAGGAGAAAGGCACGCAGCUCUGGGACCGCUGGCAGCGGGUCAGCCUGCAGAUGGAGACUCGCCAAUCGGAGCUGGAGAGCAUCGAGCAGGUCCUGAGCGAUUACCGGAACUGUCAUGGGGCACUAAUCCAGUGGAUUGAGGAGGCUAUGGCCCAGCAGGAGCUGAUGAAACCUGGACAAGCCGAGGAGAGCAAAGUUCUCUCGGAGCAGCUCAGCCAGCAGAUGGCGCUUUUUGCUGAAAUAGAGGCCAAUCAAGCGAAACUGGACCAGUGUCAGAAACUGUCCCAGCAGUAUUCAGCUGCAGUCAAGGACUACGAGCUGCAGCUGAUGACCUACCGUGCCUUUGUAGAAUCUCAGCAGAAGUCUCCCGUGAAGCGACGCCGUGUGCUCUCCUCUUCCGACACUAUCACUCAAGAGUUCAUGGAUUUACGGACACGUUACACAGCCCUGGUGACGUUGACCACGCAGCACGUGAAGUACAUCAGCGACGCCCUGCGGCGCCUGGAAGAAGAGGAGAAAAUUGUGGAGGAAGAAAAGCAGGAGCACGUGGAGAAGGUGAAGGAACUUCUGGGCUGGGUCACGAGUUUUAAACACAGCGCACAAUUCAAAAGCAUCCCGCCAAAGAACGAAGAGCUCAGAGAGAUUGAGAAGUCCAUUUUAGACCAGCAGGUUCUGAACGAGGAAUUGGCUGCCCGGAAGGAGCAGGUCUCCGAAGCGGUCAAGACGGCCCAGAUCUUUCUUGCGAAGCACGGCCCCAAGCUGUCCGGCCAAGAGAAGGAGCAGAUCUCGUCUCAGCUGAACCUGUUGCAGGCGACCUACGACCAGCUCUGCUCCGAGUCGGCAGAACAGCUCCAGCAGCUGCAAAGCCAAAUGGCCCAGGAGACGGCCCAUAAGACGCUGCAGGAACAGCAAGCCAUCCGCGGCCAGAAGUUGGAGGAGUUGUGCAGCUGGCUGAAUCAGGCCGAGGCCAGGUUGCCGGCUCCGCAGGGGAGCGCGAGAGAGGCAGGAGGGGACCUUCCCACCCUAGAGCAGAGGCAGAGGGAUGUCAAGGAACUCCAGCGCAACAUGCACAGCCGGGCGGCUUCCUUCGCCAGUGUCCUAAAAGCGACGGAGGAGUUCUUGGAGGAGAACCAGGCGAAGCUCGACCCCGCGGCGCUGGCGUCCAUGCAGGCAAGCCUGCGCCAGGCUAAGGAGCGGUACCAGUCCUUGCAGGAGAGGGCGGAGGCGGCGCGGAAGGAGCUCGAGGCUGCUGUCAGCACGGUGGUGCAGCAGCAGACAGAAAAGGUCAGAGCAGUUAAAGACUUUGAAGAGAAUCAGAACAGGAUCGAGUCCCUUCUGCAGCGGGUGGCUUCCUUGGAGCAGCCCAGAGAGCCCACAGCAGCCACCCUCCGGCCCUUGGGGCAGGGAGGCGCGAGGGGCCAAGACUCUCCCGACGGUCGACUGGAGGAAGGGGACAGAGCGGAGGAGGAUCUGGAUUCGCACUACCAGAGCUUGAAGGCCCAUCAUCAAGAGCUCCUUUCUCAGCAGCAAGACGUCAUUCUGGCCACGCAAUCCGCCCAAGCCUUCCUGGACAAGCAGGGCCACAAUCUCACCGCGGAGGAGAAGCAGAGGCUCCAGAGCAAAGGGGAGAGGCUGAAGAGCCAGUACGCGGACACCUUGUCUCGGUCGGAGGUGCGGCUCAAGCACGUGCAAGCCCUCCGCGAUGAGCUGCAGAAAUUCCUGAGGGACCACCUGGAGUUCGAAGCCUGGCUGGGACAGGCUGAGCAGGAGCUGGAGAAGAUGCACGCGGGAGACGCCAGCCUGGCCUCCCUGCAGCCGAUGCUUCUCCGGCAGAGCAGCUUCUCCGAGGACGUCAUCUCCCACAAGGGGGACCUGCGGUUCGUCACAAUGUCGGGGCAGAAGGUGCUGGAUGCCGAGAAGGUGGCAACUCACGCGGCCGGAGGGCCUCCAGGGCACGAAGUGGUAGACGCUGGGGCACUAGUGAAGAGCAAGCUGGACGAUGCCACCCGGAGAUACGGCGCCCUCCACUCCAAGUGCGGCGCUCUUGGUUCCCAUCUGAACCUGCUUCUGGAUCGCUCUCAGCAGUUCCAGGAUGUCUCAGAAUCCCUCAGGACGUGGCUGCAAAAGAGCGAAGAGGCCGUGGCGACUCUCCUUUCGGAGGCCAUUUCCUCGGACCCGGCCGUUUUGCAGAAGCAGCUAGCCAGCACCAAACACCUGCAGGAGGACCUGGCAGAGCAUCAGGUGCCCGUCGAGAAGCUGGAGAAGGCAGCUCGGUCCCUCUGGGAGAUCCACGACUCCCCUGUGCCAGACCACAGAGGGAUCCAGCAAACCACAGAUUCCAUCGUGAGCCGUUUCCAGAGCCUUUCCUCUCGAAUGGCAGAGCGGUCAGAUCUUCUGCAGAAGUCCAUUGCCCACUCGCAGAGCGUCCAGGAGGGCCUGGAGAGCCUCCUGCAGUCCAUGGGGGACAUCGAGAAAAGCCUCCAGAGGGAGAAGGCGGCCGCGUUCUCCUCCACCUCCGUCCAGGAGGCCCUCGCCGCCAACAUGAAAGUGAAGCAGGACCUCGCCAGGCAGAAGAGCAGCCUGGAAGCCACUCGGGAGAUGGUGACGGGGUUCAUGGAGACAGCCGACUGCGCCACCGCCACGGCCCUGCAGAGCAAACUCGCCGAGGUGACGGCGUGCUUUGCCCGCUUGCAGCAGCAGCAGCAGGAGAAGGAGGACGCCCUGAAGGGCCUGCUCCCCAAGAUGGAGCAGUACGAGCAACUGUCGGAGAAGCUGCAGCAGUUCACAGAGAGCCAGGCGCGCCUCCUGGCCUCGGGAAACCAGCCUGAUCGCGAUAUUGCCCACUUCUCUCAGCAGAUCCAGGAACUGAAUUCUGAGAUGAAGCAACGCCAGGAGGAUCUGGAGACAGUAGAACAUCUGGCAGCAGAGCUGAGCUCCUGUGGCUUUGUGGCAUCAGACUCCUCCUUGCACCAGGAGAAGCUGCGCAGUUUACGGAAAGACUUCCUGCAGCUCCAGAAGGCAGCACGGGAGAGAGAGAAAGGCGCUUCAUCUUGCCAGGAGCAGCUGGACGAAUUCCGAAAGCUGGUCGGAUCCCUCCGGCAGUGGCUGAAGGAAACGGAGGGGAACGUUCCUCCCACAGAGACAUCUUUGGGCACCUAUGAAUUGGAGAAGCGCAAGCAGCAGAUUGAGGUCCUCUUGGAAGAAUGGAAAGGGAAGGGCGCUCUGGUGGAGGACAUCAACCACCGAGGGAUGGUCCUGGAGAACCUGAUUGUUGAGAUUACUGCUCCCGAUGGACAGUCCAAGACAGGUUCUGUGCUGCCCGCUGGGGGAAGCGCGGUAGGGAGCGUUAAUGGAUACCACACCUGCAAAGACCUGACCGACAUCCAGUGUGACGUGUCCGAUGUGAACCAGCAGUACGAGGGGCUGGGUGCCACCUUGCGGGGCCGCCAGGAGCAACUCGCGGCUGUGUUGGCAAAGACGAGAGCCACCCAGGAGGAGGUGGGCUCGAUCCUGCAGUGGCUGGAGUUGAAGGAGCAAACCCUGAAGGAGUUCGAAGGGUGCUCCUCCCCUACCAAGUCGGAGGCCAUGAGGGCUCAGGCCGAACACAACAAGGCUUUUCUGACUGAGCUGGAGCAGAACACGGAGAAGGUCCAGAAAGCAAAAGAAUCCUUGUCUGGACUUCUGGAGAAAUAUCCUGAAUCACCAGAGGCUGGAAAUUGGAAGCGGACAUUGGAAGACUUAGAUUCCAGGUGGGUCCGGGCGAACCAGGUGACGGCAGAGCGCCAACAGAAGCUGGAGAAAUCAGCUAAUGAGCUGGCAAGUUUCCAAAUAGCUGAAGGCCAGCUGCGGCCUUGGCUGACAGAGAAGGAGCUCAUGAUGAGCGUCCUUGGCCCGCUCUCCAUUGACCCCAACAUGCUGAACGCGCAGAAGCAGCAGGUCCAGUUCAUGCUGAAAGAAUUCGAAGCCCGCAAGCCCCAGUACGAUCAGCUGAACCAGGCGGCCGAAAGCAUCCUCCCCAGCCCGGGAGAAGCCUCUCCAGCCGCCGGCCCCAUGCGCGAGGAGCUCCAGGCGGUCAACCGGAAAUGGACCGAGCUGACCGAGCGCCUCAACUCCCGCUCCAGCCAGAUUGACCAGGCCAUCGUCAAGAGCACCCAGUACCAAGAGCUGCUCCAGGCUCUCUCGGAGAAGGUGAAGGCUGCCGGGCAGCGGCUGGGCACCCCGCUGGUGGUCGGCACCCAGCCGGAGGCCGUGAAGCAGCAGCUGGAGGAGACGAGUGAGAUCCGCUCUGACCUGGAGCAGCUGGAAGGCGAGAUGACGGAGGCCGAGGCGCUGUGCGAGGAGCUCUCCCUGCUCGUGGGGGAGCAGUACCUGAAGGACGAGCUGAAGAAGCGGCUGGAGGCCGUGGGCCUUCCCCUCAAGGGCUUGGAGGAUUUGGCAGGUGAUCGGAUGAACCGCCUGCAGACGGCGCUGGCCAGCUCCCAGCAGUUCCAGCAGAUGUUUGAUGAGCUCCAGGCUUGGUUGGAGGAGAAGACGAGGCAGCAGGCCCAGAGCGGGCCCAUCUCUGCCAAGUUGGAGAGGCUGCAGUCUCAGAUUCAGGAGCAGGAAGAGCUGCAGAAGAGCCUCAACCAACACAGUGGCACCUACGAGAUGAUCGUGCUGGAGGGAGAGUCCUUCGUUCUCUCCGCUUCCCCCGGGGAGGAGAAGGCCAACCUGCAGGGCCAGCUGGUGAACCUGAAAGCCAACUGGGAGCAUCUCAGCAGGCAAAUUGCCGAGCGCCACUCCAGGCUGAAGGACUGCCUGCAGAAGGCCCAGAAGUACCAGCGCCACGCCGAAGACCUUUUCCCUUGGGUGGAAGAUUACCGGUCAAAGAUGAUGGAGCUGGAAGUCACGCUGGAUCCGGUGCAGCUGGAAGCGGCGCUCCUGAGGGCCAAGGCCUUGCUGAGCGACGUGGAGAAGCGGCGCUCCCUGCUGGAGAUGUUGAACAGCGCGGCGGACAUCCUCAUCAACGCUUCGGAAAUGGACGAGGAUGAUGUCCGCGACGAGAAAGCUGGGAUCAACCAGAAGAUGGACGCCAUUACGGAGGAGCUCCAAACGAAGACCGGGUCCCUGGAAGAAAUGUUGCAAAGGCUGAAGGAGUUCCAAGAAAGUUUUAGGAACAUUGAGAAGAAAUUGGAAGGCACAAAACACCAGCUGGAGAUCUACGAGGCGCUGGGCCCCCAGGCAUGCAGCAGCAAGAACCUGGAGAAGCUGAGGACCCAGCAGGAGGUUCUCCAGGCUUUGGGACCCCAGGUGGAUUACCUGAGGAACUUCACUCGGGGCCUGGUGGAAGACGCUCCGGAGGGGUCAGACUCCUCCCAUCUCCUGAGCCAAGCGGAGGUCGCCCAGCGGGACUACAAAGCGGUCCAGCAGAAAGUCGACGAAUGUUGCGUCUUGAUGGAGAGCAAGCUUGAAGGGAUAGGGCAGUUCAGUAACCACGUCCGAGAGAUGUUCUCUCAGCUGGCUGACUUGGACGAUGAGUUAGACAGCAUGGGCCCCGUCGGGAGGGACAUGGACAGCCUCCAGUCUCAAGCGGAAGAUGUCCACGCGUUCCUGCACAAGCUUCAGCAGCUGAGGCUGGACAUCCAGGCUUCUGAAGAGCAGUGCAAGCAGAUGCUGGAGGAGGAGCCGAGCCCCGAUCUCAUAGGCUUGAAACGGGAGCUGGAGACCCUGAAUAAGCAGUGCAGCAAACUGACCGAAAGGGGCAAAAGCCGCCUCGAGCAGGUGGACACGACGCUCGCUCGGGUCAGAGACUUCUACCACAAACUGAAAGAGCUGAACUACGUGACAGCCACGGCGGAAGGAAGCGAAGCGUUGCAGUGGGUGGUGGGCACCGAGGUCGAUGUGAUCAACCAGCAGCUGGCGGAUUUCAAGCUGUUCCAGAAGGAGCAGGUGGACCCCCUUCAGCUGAAACUCCAGCAGGUCAAUGGGCUUGGCCAGGGACUCAUCCAGAGCGCAGGAAAGAAUUGCGAUGUGCAGGGUUUGGAACAUGACAUGGAAGAGAUCAACGCCCGCUGGAAUUCCCUCAACAAAAAGGUGGCCCAGAGAAUUGCACAGCUGCAAGAAGCCCUGCUGCAUUGUGGGAAAUUCCAGGACGCCUUGGAGCCCCUGCUCAGCUGGUUGGCCGACACGGAGGACCUCAUCUCCAAUCAGAAGCCGCCGUCUGCUGAAUAUAAGGUGGUGAAGGCACAGAUCCAAGAGCAAAAGCUGCUCCAGCGACUCCUGGAUGACCGGAAAGCUACCGUAGAGAUGAUUCAGGCGGAAGGUGGGAGGAUCGCGCAGUCAGCCGAACCAGCGGACAGGGAGAAGAUCAUUGCCCAGCUAGACAGUCUCGGAAGCCACUGGGCAAGCCUUUUGGGGAAAGCGGCGGCCAGGCAAAAUCAGCUGGAGGAGAUCCUGGUCUUGGCCAAACAGUUCCAUGAGACGUCGGAGCCCAUCGCGGACUGGCUGUCAGUGACCGAAAAGAAACUGGCCAAUUCGGAGCCCAUCGGGACUCAGACGGCCAAAAUCCAGCAGCAGAUUGCCAGGCACAAGGCUCUCCAGGAGGAGAUACAGAGUCAGGCCGGAGCCAUGACCCAGGCGCUCCACAUUGGGCAGACUCUGGCCACCCUGACCUGUCUUGCGGAGCAGGUCUCCCUGGCCGAGAAGCUUGACCUCCUCAAGUCCCGGUACACCGAGGUGUGUGACCGGUGUGGCCGGAAGGCUGCCCUCCUGGACCAGGCUUUGUCCAAUGCCCGGCUCUUUGGAGAGGACGAGGUGGAGGUGCUGAACUGGCUGGCCGAGGUGGAGGACAAGCUCAGCUCCGUGUCCGUCAAGGACUUCAAGCGGGACAUCCUGCAGAGGCAGCACGCGGACCAGCUGGCCUUGAACGAUGAGAUUGUGAACCGCAAGAAGACCGUAGACCAGGCCAUCAAGAACGGCCAGGCCCUGCUGAAACAAACCACAGGGGAGGAAGUGCUGCUUAUUCAGGAGAAGCUGGAUGGCAUCAAGACCCGUUACUCGGACAUCACGGCCACCAGCUUAAAGGCUCUCCGCACGCUGGAGCAGGCCCGCCAGCUGGCCACCAAAUUCCAGUCGACCCAUGAGGAGCUGACGGGCUGGAUGACUCAAGUGGAAGAAGAGCUGGUGUCUGGUGGAGGGUCCUCUCCAGUUCGGGAGCAGAUCCCGCAGUUCCAGCAGAGGCAAAAGGAACUAAAGAAGGAAGUGAUGGAACGCCGACUUAUUCUGGACACCGUGAAUGAAGUGAGCCGAGCCCUCCUGGAACUGGUGCCGUGGCGCGCCCGCGAGGGGCUGGAUAAGCUUGUCUCGGACACCAACGAGCGGUACAAGGUGAUCAGUGAGACCAUCAAGCAAAGAGUGGAGGAGAUUGAUGCUGCCAUACAGAGGUCCCAGCAGUACGAGCAGGCGGCUGAUGCAGAACUUGCUUGGGUGGCCGAGACAAAGCGAAAGCUGAUGGCGCUGGGCCCCAUUCGCCUGGAGCAGGACCAGACCACGGCCCAGCUGCAGGUGCAAAAGGCUUUCUCGAUCGAUAUCAUUCGCCACAAGGAUUCCAUGGACGAGCUGCUCAACCAGCGCAGUGAGAUCUUCGGGACAUGUGGAGAGGAGCAGAAAGCCAUGUUGCAGGAGAAGACGGAGUCCCUUCUCCGGCAGUACGACGACGUCAGCCACCUCAACUCGGAGCGCUAUGUGCGCCUGGAGCGGGCCCAGGUCUUGGUCAACCAAUUCUGGGAGACCUACGAGGAGCUCAGCCCCUGGCUGGACGAGACUCAGGCGCUGAUCGCGCAGCUGCCGCCUCCGGCGAUCGACCACGAGCACCUCAAGCAACAGCAGGAAGACAUGAGACAACUGCGGGAGUCGAUUGCGGAGCACAAACCUCACAUCGACAAGCUGCUGAAGAUCGGUCCGCAGCUGAAGGAGCUAAACCCGGAGGAAGGAGAGAUGGUGGAGGAGAAGUACGUGGCCGCCGAAGCCGCCUACCUGCGCAUCAAGGAGGAGGUCCGCCAGCGAGCCCUGGGCCUGGACGAGGCUGUCUCGCAAUCCACCCAGAUUGCGGAGUUCCACGACAAGAUCGAGCCGAUGCUGGAGACGCUGGAGACCCUCUCCUCCCGCUUGCGCACGCCCCCCUUGAUCCCUGCCGAGGUGGAGAAGAUUCGGGAGUGCAUCGGCGACAACAAGAACGCCUCCAUGGAGCUGGAGAAGCUGCAGCCCUCCUUCGAAGCGCUCAAGCGCCGCGGGGAGGAGCUGAUCGGACGCUCCCAAGGAGCUGACAAGGAUCUGGCUGCCAAAGAGAUCCAGGAUAAAUUAGAUAAGAUGGUGUUCUUCUGGGAAGACAUCAGAGCCCGGGCAGAGGAGCGCGAGAUCAAGUUCCUUGAUGUUUUAGAGCUGGCGGAGAAGUUCUGGUACGACAUGGCGGCCCUCCUGACCACCAUCCGGGAUACGCAGGACAUUGUCCAUGAUCUGGAGAGUCCCGGCAUCGACCCGUCCAUCAUCAAACAGCAGGUGGAGGCCGCCGAGACAAUCAAGGAAGAAACGGACAGCCUUCACGAAGAGCUGGAAUUCAUCCGGAUUCUUGGGACCGAUCUGAUCUUUGCCUGUGGGGCCACCCAUUCUCCCUUCCUCUUGCAGAUGAACAGCGCCUGGGAAAACCUCAACAAGACCUGGAAGGAGCGUCUCGAGAGGCUGGAGGAGGCCAUGCAGUCGGCGGUUCAGUAUCAGGACACCCUGCAGGCCAUGUUUGACUGGCUGGACAACACCGUGAUUAAACUCUGCAACAUGCCGCCCGUGGGCACGGACCUCAACACCGUCAAAGAACAGCUGAACGAGAUGAAGGAGUUCAAGAUGGAGGUUUACCAGCAGCAGAUUGAGAUGGAGAAACUGAAUCACCAGGGGGAACUCAUGCUUAAGAAAGCGACAGACGAGACGGACAGAGACAUCAUCCGGGAGCCGCUGACGGAGCUGAAGCAUCUCUGGGAGAACCUGGGUGAAAAAAUUGCCCACCGGCAGCACAAGCUGGAAGGGGCCCUUCUGGCCCUCGGGCAGUUCCAGCAUGCCCUGGCCGAGCUGGUGGCCUGGCUGACCCACACGGAAGAGCUGCUGGAUGCCCAGAGGCCCAUCAACGGUGACCCCAGGGUCAUUGAAGUGGAGUUAGCCAAGCACCAUGUGCUGAAGAACGACGUGCUGGCCCACCAAGCCACCGUGGAAACGGUCAACAAGGCCGGCAAUGAGCUGCUGGAGUCCAGCGCCGGAGACGAGGCCAGCAGCCUCCGGAACCGGCUGGAGACGAUGAAUUCCUGCUGGGCGUCGGUGCUGCAGAAGACGGAAGAGCGGGAGCAGCAGCUGCAGAUGACCCUCCAGCAGGCUCAGGGUUUCCACGGGGAAAUCGAGGACUUCCUUCUGUGGCUCACGAGGAUGGAGAACCAGCUCUCGGCCUCCAAGCCGACAGGCGGCCUCCCGGAAACCGCCCGGGAGCAGCUGAAUGCCCACAUGGAGCUCUACGCCCAAUUCAAGGCCAACGAGGAGGUGCACAGCCAGCUGCUGGCCAAGGGAAGGCUGAUGCUGCUGAGCCGGGAUGACUCUGGUUCGGGAUCCAAGACGGAGCAAAGCGUGGCUCUUCUGGAGCAGAAAUGGGGCCUGGUCAGCACCAAGAUGGAGGAGCGAAAGUCCAAGCUGGAAGAGGUGCUGGGCUUAGCCACGGAGUUCCAGAAUUCUCUGCAGGACUUCAUCAACUGGCUGACCUUCGCUGAGCAGAGCAUCAACCUCGCUUCUGCGCCCAGCCUCAUCCUCAACACUGUGCUCUCCCAGAUAGAAGAUCACAAGGUGUUUGCCAACGAAGUCAACGCCCACCGGGACCAGAUCAUCGGCCUGGAUCAGAGCGGCAACCAGCUGAAGUUCCUCAGCCAGAAGCAGGACGUGGUCCUGAUCAAGAAUCUCCUGGUCAGCGUGCAGUCCCGUUGGGAGAAGGUGGUCCAGCGCUCUGUGGAAAGGGGCCGAGCACUGGACGAUGCCAGGAAGCGGGCCAAGCAGUUCCACGAAGCUUGGAAAAAGCUGGUUGAUUGGUUGGAAGAUGCGGAAAACCAUCUGGAUUCAGAGCUGGAGAUCUCUAACGACCCUGACAAGAUCAAACUGCAGCUGUCUAAGCACAAGGAGUUCCAGAAAACCCUGGGUGGCAAACAGCCCGUUUACGAUACCACCAUCCGGACGGGUCGGGCCCUGAAGGAGAAAGCUCAGUUCCCGGAGGACACCCAAACCUUGGACCAUCUGCUUGGGGAGGUCCGUGACAAAUGGGAUACGGUCUGUGGAAAGUCUGUGGAAAGGCAACACAAAUUGGAAGAGGCUCUACUCUUCUCCGGGCAGUUCAUGGACGCCCUGCAAGCCUUGGUGGAUUGGCUCUACAAGGUGGAACCGCAGUUGGCCGAAGACCAACCUGUCCACGGGGACCUGGACCUGGUCAUGAACCUCAUGGAUGCCCACAAGGUCUUCCAGAAAGAGCUCGGCAAGCGGACGGGGACCGUGCAGGUGCUGAAGCGCUCGGGCCGGGAGCUGAUUGAGAACAGCCGCGACGACACCACCUGGGUGAAGGUGCAGCUGCAGGAGCUGAGCAACCGCUGGGAUACCGUCUGCAAGAUGUCCGUCCUGAAGCAAACCCGCCUGGAGCAGGCCUUGAAGCAGGCGGAAGAGUUCCGGACCGCCGUUCAUUUGCUGCUGGAGUGGCUCUCCGAGGCUGAGCAGACUCUCCGUUUCCGGGGAGCUUUGCCCGACGAUGCCGAAGCGCUGCAGUCCCUCAUUGAUACGCACAAGGAGUUCAUGAAGAAAGUGGAAGAGAAGAGGCUGGACGUGAACACGGCGGUGAGCAUGGGGGAGGUCAUCCUCACGGUUUGCCACCCGGACUGCAUCACCACCAUCAAGCACUGGAUCACCAUCAUCCGAGCCCGGUUCGAAGAGGUCCUUGCGUGGGCUAAACAGCAUCAGCAGCGUCUUGAAGCUGCCCUUUCUGAGUUGGUGGCCAAUGCCGAGCUGCUGGAGGAGCUCUUGGCAUGGAUCCAGUGGGCCGAGACGACGCUCAUCCAGAGGGAUCAGGACCCGGCGCCCCAGAAUAUUGAGCAGGUCAAAGCCCUCAUUGCGGAGCAUCAGGCCUUUAUGGAAGAAAUGACUCGGAAGCAGCCCGAUGUGGAUCGUGUCACCAAGACGUACAAGAGGAAAGCCACCGAGCCGGCCCACGGACCUUUUAUCGACAAAUCCCGAAGCAGCCGGAAGUCCUUGAACCAGGCCGCCCCUCCCCCGAUGCCCAUCCUCUCCCAGUCGGAGGCCAAGAACCCGCGCAUCCACCAGCUCUCGGCGCGCUGGCAGCAGGUGUGGCUCCUGGCCCUGGAGCGCCAGCGCAAGCUGAACGACGCCCUGGACCGGCUGGAAGAGUUGAAAGAGUUUGCCAAUUUUGACUUCGACGUGUGGCGGAAGAAGUACAUGCGCUGGAUGAACCACAAGAAGUCGCGGGUGAUGGACUUCUUCCGGCGAAUCGACAAAGACCAGGAUGGGAAGAUCACCCGGCAGGAGUUCAUCGACGGGAUCCUGGCGUCCAAAUUCCCCACGACCAAGCUAGAGAUGACCGCCGUGGCCGACAUCUUUGACCGAGACGGGGACGGUUACAUCGACUACUACGAGUUUGUGGCAGCGCUUCACCCCAACAAGGAUGCUUACCGGCCAACCACGGACGCAGACAAGAUUGAGGACGAGGUAACGAGGCAAGUGGCGCAGUGUAAGUGUGCCAAGCGGUUCCAAGUGGAGCAGAUCGGAGAGAACAAGUAUCGGUUUGGAGAUUCACAGCAGCUGCGGCUGGUCCGUAUUCUGCGUAGCACGGUCAUGGUUCGUGUCGGCGGAGGGUGGAUGGCCCUGGAUGAGUUCUUAGUGAAGAACGACCCUUGCAGAGCCCGAGGAAGAACGAACCUCGAACUUCGAGAGAAAUUCAUUCUCCCCGAGGGAGCUUCUCAGGGAAUGGCCCCCUUCCGGUCGCGGGGCCGGCGGUCCAAGCCCUCCUCGCGGGCAGCCUCCCCGACCCGAUCCAGUUCCAGCGCCAGCCAAAGCAAUCACAGCUGCACCUCCAUGCCGUCGUCUCCCGCCACGCCGGCCAGCGGCACCAAGGUCACUCCAGCUUCGAGUAGCAAGCUGAAACGGCCCACCUUCCACUCCAGCCGCAGUUCCCUUGCUGGCGAUACCAGUAACAGCUCCUCACCCGUGUCUUCAGGUGCCAAAAGCAGCCGGGCUGAUCCGAAGAAAACCGCCAGCCGACCGACCAGCCGGGCCGGGAGCCGGGCCAGCAGCCGCCGGGGCAGCGACGCCUCGGACUUUGACCUCCUGGAAACCCAGUCGGCCUGUUCAGACACCUCGGAAAGCAGUGCGACGGGGGGACAGGGCGGUUCCCGGCGGGGCCUGGCUAAGCCUUCGAAAAUCCCCACCAUGUCUAAGAAAACGACCACUGCCACCCCCAAGACCCCGGGCCCCAAGAGAUAAGACAGCCUGCGUCACGGAUGCCCCGCCAAGAAGAGACACCUGGGUCCAGUUUUAACCCCGCUUCAUACAUUGGAUGUAUAUUUAUUCUACAGGGGAGAAAUUAUAUUGUUAAAAGUGUAAAAGAACAGAUGUGUUAUGAAGCUGCCUUAUUUUGUUCUGUUAUAACUCUUAUUUUUUUUCCUUUCUUUUUUUUGUAAGUUACUAUUUUCAUGUGAAUAUUUAUGUAGAUAAAACUUGCCUUCUGGUGACCUUCUUUGCGUUUUGGGGGGGCGUUGACAGGGACAAAUGAAAUGUGGGGGAGAACAGAAGCAAGCAAAAGGUCAAGAUGUGAAAAUGUAAAAACACAAAAGACACAAACAUUAUAAAUAGGAUUUCUGUGCAGUGCAGGGCGGCAUCCUGCUUAAUCUUUUAGGGUUGUUUCCUAAAAGCUUCUUUAUAAAAACUUUAACUUGCUGUUUCAGCAAGGGUAAAUUAUAUUUAAAAAGCAACAUCUGAAUAUCCAACAGUGUUCAAGGAACUCUAUAGCUCUCUCUCUCUCUCUCUUUCUUAUUUUCUUUUUUUAAUUUUAUUUUAAAUCAUGGAUACCUCAAGAAGAGAGAAACAUGAUGGUGAAGGGGGACCUGGAGCUCCUGUUCCCAGUUUUUAAAUGAAAUCCUUGUGGUUUUACCUGAAGAUAAAGUGGAGUGAGUUUGAAUUAAUAAAUAAACAUUUGCACACGCUUC